AAUUUUCAGACAUUGUCCAGAUAGUGCAUCAAAUCCUCACGCCACACUAUUAUAACAUUAUUACCAGUCUUGUUUUAUGAUCCAAUGAGCAUAAAUUUUCUGCAAAUGUGUAUAACCUUAACUCAAAGUACCUCCAUAUAACAGUGCCCACAUUUAUACACCGAUUCUGUUAUAUUCCAUUUUAGUCUUUUAUUCAAUCUCACACGAGACAAUAAUAGUAACAUAAAUAAUGACGAACUACGGCGCCAUUCCGACGUCGUCUCAUGGCUCUCCGGUGAUGGAUCCCGACUCGAUCUCACGCGCCAAGCAACGUAUCAAAGACGGACUCGCCAUGAGCCGCCCAUGGAGACAGAUGUUUGAUCUCCACUCCAUGAACCUCCCUCACGGUGUCUCCGAUGCUCUCUCAAGAAUCAAGAAGAACCUCAGCUACUUCCAGACGAACUACGCGAUCGUCGUCUUGGUCGUGAUCUUCCUCAGCCUUAUCAAGCAUCCGACAUCGCUUAUUGUCUUGACCGUUUUGGUUUUUGUCUGGAUCUUUCUCUAUUUCUUCCGAGACGAGCCUAUCAAGGUGUUUCGUUAUCAGAUAGAUGAUCACACGGUCUUGGUUUGUUUAUCGGUGAUAACCAUCCUUCUGCUGUUCUUGACGGACGUGACGCUUAACUUAGUUGGGGCGUUGGUGACCGGAGCCGUGUUGGUUUUGAUCCAUGCGGUUGUUAGGAAGACGGAGGAUCUCUUCUUGGAUGAAGAGGCGGCGACGGCUGAGACUAUUCAGGGGUGACGUCAUCCCCGUCAUCAUUAAUCGGUUGAUUGAUCUCGAAUUUUCAUGUAUCAUAUUCUGUAUGUUAUUGUAUUGUGUUUUGUAUCAUUUUAUUUGUAAUGAUUUAACAUUUUUUAUUGGUGUGUGUUUGGUUUGAGACUUUUGUUUUGGGUGACGAAUGUUACUAGGUUGAAGUUGAACCAUUCAAAAUUAAUGUUACAACCUUUUUUUUUUAA